AUGUCUGUUCAAGUGGUGGUCGUGAACCCCGUUCCAAAGAAAAAGAACGACGACGAUGCGGACCUAUCUGAGGAACAGAUCCAGAACCUUCUGCUAGAGGCCGAGGAAAGGCUGCGGAAGGUGUCUGGGAGCUCCGGUAAGAAGGACGAGGAUGGAGUUGUCUCCCUCGCUACCGGAGAGGUCGACGACUCCUCGUCACGGCCAAGAGUGCCAAAUCUAAAUCAUAAGCAAACAAUUCAGCCAUAUGUACAGCAGUCAAAUAAUAUUGCUACCGUCGACAAAUCCAGGUUGGUUUCCGAGUCGGCAAAGAAGCUUGCUGGAACUAUCCGCACCAUCGAGCAGCCACUUGUCAAGAACAAGGAAAAACCUACCUCGGGGCCAAAGUGGUUCGAUUUGCCCAAAACUGUGGUCACUCCUGAAUUGAAACGGGAUCUACAGAUUCUUCGUAUGAGGUCGGUCCUCGAUCCCCACCGUCACUACAAGAAGGAAAACGGCAAGGCAAAUAUACCAGAGUACUCUCAGGUUGGUACCAUCAUCGAAGGGCCGACAGAGUUCUUCAGUGCACGAAUCACCAAGAAAGAGCGCAAGAAUAAUUUCGCAGAAGAAGUAAUGGCUGCCGAGAAGGAGAGUGGCCGAUUCAAACGCAAGUAUGCUGAAAUUCAAGAGGCCAAGACGAGCGGAAAGAAGGCGUACUACCAAAAGCUGAAAGCAAAACGAGCGAGACCCAUGAAGUGA